AUGACAGGUGACAACUUCAGUCUCAAGAAUAUGAUAAAUGAGCUUGAAGAUGGGAAAAUCGCCGAACGUCGUAACGAAAGCGGUGCCGGCCGUUCGCUCCCGCGGGACCUCGGCGGGUCGAAAGAGACCUCACCGCGAUCCCGCGGGACGAUGAAGACCGGACGCAUUGCGAUCCCGUGGGACCUCGGCGGGUCGAGAAAGGCCUCACCGCGAUCCCGCGGGACGAGAAAGAACGAGACUCACCGCGACCCCGCGGGGUUUCUCGUAGACGAGCGCAGCGGUGAGAUCCUCCUGGGACCCGCCCAGAGACGGGGUCUUGCUCUUCGACCGACCGUCCCCGUCGUUGUCCAGGACCUGCAGGUGCUGGCCGACGGUUACCAUCGGCUUCAUCUCGCUGUAAGACACCGUCACUCUGUCCUUGUGGUGGUCCAUCUUGCGAACCGACUGAGGCUGAGGAGGGAGCGGCAACUUGAGUGGGCCUUCUGUUUGCCAGCCUCUUUGAAGAUGGAUAUCAAGAAGAAGUUUCAUUCAUUCAUCAAGAAGCCUGCACAUGGGAGUGGCUCUGGGCGAGAUGGUCGAGCUUCAGAGAGUCUCGAUCAAGCCAUCAUUGGAUCAGUAGUUCGAGAUCAGGAUGCCGAAAUUCGAGAAUAUCCUACUGACCCCUUAGAAGAUGAAGCUGUUCUCCAAGAAAUUCAAAAAGAGUACUAUGAGCCAGAUGAAAAAUUCAAUGCUAGCCAAUUUGAGCUUCAGAAAUUGCCAGAGAAACCUGACAUGGCCUUUGUCAAUGAACAAAGGCAUCGCUUGAAGAGGCAGUAUCAUGUUGUUUCCAAGAAGGUAUCAAGCCUCAUCUUGUUAAACCAAAGGAAAUGCACAACAGAAUUGGAGAGGGUUGCAGCACUGCAGGAAGAUCUCUCCCAUUCCCUCCUCUUCACCAUGUCAUCAAGGAAGAAGCUGCGUGAAGCACAGGAGACCUUCACCAUUGCCCUUCUCAGAAUUUUGGCCAACCACAGACGCCGCCAGAUGGUUGCUCAACUCGUGGACUCAUUGAAUACCAUCCGGACACUCCUUAGAAUUGAAGAUCAUGUUCAGGCUCUCUUGCUUCGUCAGGACUACCCAGGAGUUGUUCAGCUGCUCAUUGAAGGCCAGUCAGCUGCUGCCACAUAUGGCCACUUUAAAUGUGUGUCAGAUCUCAAUUCUAAGUUGAGGGACAAUCUAAUGCUAGCAAAGGAGGAAUUAGACAAGGCACUUGGAUCCAUGUGCCUGCAGUUCCAGGCAGAGACAUACGAACGUCUCCAGGUGGCAUAUGCCCUCCUUGGGGAGACCCAGACAGCAUUGGACCAAUUGCACCUCCAUCUGACCUCCACGAUUUUGAAUCGUGCCACACAGGUCAUGUUGGAUCAUGCUAGGUGCUCUUCAAGUCCUUCGAUGCAGGAAGAACUCAUCAAAUUACACUACCAGGACCUAUGCAAAAGAGUUGCAGAAGAAGAAUUCAUGAGCUGCCUGAUUCAUCUGUGUCGAGAGAUGUGGUGCAUCCUCCAGAGUUAUCAACAUAUUCGUAUCUGGCACCAGACCCGGGGAAAGGAUACUCCCAGUGAUGUUGAGGCAACUUUGAGUGAAAAUUACAUCAAGCAGAAACUGCGACGAGGCCCAGCCCGCAUUUGGGGAGAUGUUCAAAGCAAAGUCACAACUUUCAUUUCCUCUGCAGAUCUUUCUGGUCUGAAGUUGGAUCAGUUCCUCCUCAUCCUUGGUGUUGUGCACAGGUUGAAGGAGAUUGGGGAAGAGUUGUGCGAAGGUGAAUCGGGGAUUGCUAAGAACCUGGAGGAGAGCGUGCGAAAUCAGAGUGUGGCCUUCAUUGAACAUCAGCUAGAGAAGAGCAUGGAAGAGCUGCGAAUAUUUCUUGAAAAUGAGGGAUGGGAACCCUUUCCUUUUAAGAGUGGAGGCAAUCUUUUCCACCUUGAAGAGUUCCGCUUCUUGAAUUUGCGAGAUAGAAAAGUAGACAAAAGAAGACAAGGGGGCACGAGUGAUGGUGGGGAUUGGAGGAACCAAAGUGCAAGCAAUCGUAGCUUCCUUCAAUCUGAUCUUGAUCCAUUUUCACCUGAGGAGCUCUCUCUUAAUCAGGGAGACAAUGAUGAGUCACUGAGGAUGUGCAUGGGUGGGAUUGAUGAGAGGAAUGACGAAAUACAAGAUGAUGAUGAAGAGGAGAUCCCUGAUGAACUGAGGGGUGACUACAUCGAUGAAGUUACUGGAGCCACCGUGAAGACGGCAGUGAGGCAGCAUCGACGCACGAGUGAAGGAGGGAGUCACGUUCCCCUCCUCACAAAUACAACCCUGACAGUCCUUCGUGUUUCAGGGAAAUUCUUCCAAAUGAUGCUCCUUCUUGGUCCAGUUGCUUACAAUGCCUUUCUCUGCAUCCAGCAGCUCUUUGACUUCUACUUCCAUUCCAUCCUUAUUCUCUUCCCUUUUGAUACGAAUGCAUACGUCCAAGUGGAGAAAAGCGGGCCAAUCAUGAAGUUGCGCAUCACAGCCAACCGUCUCAAGGAGGCCAAGUUCCCCUGCCCUUGUGUUUCAGCCUAUGUUGAAGACAGUCGUAAGGACUCUCAAAAAGACUUGGCUCUGCGGCUUGUUGCCGGAGAAUCCCUCGUCUGGCUUGCAUCUCAGUUCAGACUCUUGAAGUUGCAUUUUGAGGAGCUCCUGCCACCUUCCAAGCAGUCAUUACUUCAAACGUUCUACAAACGCUCAAUUGAUGGCAUGGAAGAGCUAAUGGAGGGGUUCUACAUGUCAGUGGGUGGUAGGGCCAUAAAUCCUGAUCGUGUUCUUGAAUCCAUGGCUGCUGUGAACUGGGAGAUUGGGGAGAUACAGGAUACCCACAAUGCCUAUGUGGAGAUCCUUAUUCGGGAUCUUCAGCUCCUCAGUAUGAAAUUGGAAGGCUGUCAGCUGGAUGUCCCCCAGAAAGCAAGCCAAGCUAUCUGGCACCAUGCUGAGCGAUGUGCUGUUCGUCUCUUUGUCGAUGGGUUUUCAUUGGCCAAGCGGUGCAGUGCACAGGGUCGUUCGUGGAUGCUCCUGGACUUCCGCAUCUUCAUCCAGAAGUUGGCUCCCUUCUCCCCAAUUCCUCAGAUACCUGAUUGUCCAUAUGUCGAGGAGUACAUCAGAGCUUACUACAAGACUGAUGUUGAGCUGAGGAGGUGGCUUGUUGACCACCAGAAGACAUAUGGGAAGGAUCACCUGCUUGGCCUUAUUGCCUGCAUUCCCCACCUGAGCAAGAAGUCUCGAGCUCAAUUGUCUGCCAUCAUUGAAGAAACAAAUCAGUGA